CUUUAACCAGGACACAGACAUCUGCUCUCAGGAAGAUUUCGGCAGCCACCAUGGCCACCUUCGUAGAGCUCAGCACCAAAGCCAAGAUGCCCAUUGUGGGCCUGGGCACCUGGAAGUCUCCCCCAAACCAAGUCAAAGAAGCUGUGAAGGCAGCCAUUGACGCUGGGUAUCGCCAUAUCGACUGCGCGUAUGCAUAUUGCAACGAGCAUGAGGUGGGAGAAGCCAUCCAAGAGAAGAUCAAAGAGAAGGCUGUGAGGCGGGAGGACCUCUUCAUCGUCAGCAAGUUGUGGCCCACCUGCUUUGAGAAAAAACUGCUAAAGGAAGCCUUUCAGAAGACCCUCACAGAUCUGAAGCUGGAGUAUUUGGACCUCUAUCUUAUUCACUGGCCACAGGCAUUUCAGCCGGGAAAGGAGUUAUUCCCCAAAGAUGCUCAAGGCAAUGUUCUCCCUGGUAAAACAACGUUCCUGGAAGCCUGGGAGGGCAUGGAGGAACUGGUGGACCAGGGCCUGGUGAAAGCUCUGGGAGUCUCCAACUUCAACCACUUCCAGAUUGAAAGGCUCCUGAACAAGCCUGGACUGAAACAUAAGCCAGUGACCAACCAGGUGGAGUGUCAUCCUUACCUCACCCAGGAAAAACUGAUCCAGUACUGUCACUCCAAGGGCAUCACAGUCACAGCCUACAGUCCCCUGGGCUCCCCAGACAGACCUCACGCCAAGCCAGACGACCCUUCACUAUUAGAGGACCCCAAAAUUAAAAAGAUUGCUGCAAAGUACAAGAAAACCACAGCCCAGGUUCUGAUUCGGUUCCACAUCCAGAGGAAUGUGGUGGUGAUCCCCAAGUCUGUGACACCAUCGCGGAUACAGGAGAACAUUCAGGUCUUUGACUUCCAGUUGAGUGACGAGGAGAUGGCCACUAUCCUGAGCUUCAACAUAAACUGGAGGGCCUGCCUGCUGCCUGAGACAGUAAACAUGGAGGAAUUUCCCUAUGACGCGGAAUACUGAAGCUCACGAGGCUCCCUCCUCAUGCUGAGUGAGGCACGCCGCACUCUGGAGCCCUGUUUCAGGCCAGCCUGCCUGACUGCGCGCUGUAGGCAAGGCUGCCUUUAAAUCCCCGCGCUGAUCAGGGGACAGACUGCAAGCAAGUGUACCUCAGAGCAUUCGAAGCAAGUGGACAGCUCCUUCACUAAUCUGAUCUGACCAAAUGUUUGUCAAAAACCAGGAGCUCUGGUAAUGUCAGAGGGUAUAAAGAUAAAAUAAUAAAGA